AUGAGUUACAAGCACGAAACGGGUCACUUUCAGGUUCCCUUGAACAGCACCAAGAAGGGUAACAGCGACGGGAAAGAACUCAAGCUGUUUUAUCAACGAUGGAUCCCCAACAAUGUGCCUCCCAAACCAGGCUGUGAUUUGGUGAUUCAUCAUGGGCUUGGUGAACAUUCGGAUCGUUACGGAAACGUCUUGAGCGUGCUAGAAGACACCGGCAUCACAAUCUACACCUACGACGUGCGUGGCUGUGGCCGUUCCGAAGGAAAACCAGGCCAUGCCGAGGAUUUGUUUCAUUUGGCAGAAGACUUGGGUGUCUUUUUGGAGUUUAUUGAUAAAGAACACAAGGUGACAAAACCCAUUCUCUACGGGAAUUCCAUGGGCGGCGCUACCGUCUUGACGUUUAUUGGAGUAUCCAAGGAAAAUCAGGAGCGUGCCAAGGCCGUUGUAGCCACUGGGGCGGCCUUGGGAGUCGAAAAGAAUUGUUACCAAACAACCAUGUCUGGUCUCUUGAGCUGUCUACGGGGAGUCGUCCCCAAUGUAUGCCUCGAUGCUGGAUUGGAUAACAAGAAACUGUCCCGAGAUCAAAAUGUUGUAGAAGCAUUCAACGGCGAUACCAUGACACAUCCCAUGAUCGCCGUCGGCUUGGCAUUCUCCCUCUUGGAAUCGGGACGCAAAGAGAUUAUCCCAACUGCCAAAACAGUCACUCUUCCCAUUUUCUUGGCUCAUGGUGGAGCAGACGUUAUUACCGAUCCAAAAGGCUCGGAAGAAUACUACGAAAACUGUGCAUCUACCAAAAAGACAUUGAAAAUCUACCCCGACUUGCUACAUGAAAUACACAACGAGCUGAAAGAAGACAAGGAAAAAGUGCUGGCAGAUAUCAAACAAUUCAUCACGGAAAAUAUGUCAUAG